GAUCAUACACUAUCAGACUUCAACCUGGUGUCGCCCGGAAACCGCACCCCUGAUCAACGACAAGAAAACAUGGCACAAUCACUGGGCUUCAUCUACCGCAUGGCCAUCCCGGCCGCGGUUGCCUUCCCUCUCAUCUCAUCAUCCAUCUACGACGUUCGCGGAGGGUCGAGAGCAGUCAUCUUCGACCGGUUGAAGGGUGUCAAAGAGGAGGUCGUUGGCGAAGGGACGCACUUUCUGGUUCCCUGGCUGCAAAAGAGCAUCGUUUUUGAUGUGCGGACAAAGCCCAGGAGUAUCGCCACCAUGACGGGCAGUAAGGAUUUGCAGAUGGUCAGCUUGACCCUACGAGUCCUGCACCGCCCUGAAGUCAAGGCCCUGCCCAAGAUCUACCAAAACCUCGGCGCCGACUACGACGAGCGCGUCCUCCCUUCCAUCGGCAACGAAGUCCUCAAGGCAAUCGUAGCGCAGUUCGACGCCGCCGAACUCAUCACACAGCGAGAGGCCGUUUCCAAUCGAAUCCGCCACGACCUGACCCGCCGCGCGGCCGAGUUCAACAUCGCCCUCGAGGACGUGUCCAUCACCCACAUGACAUUCGGCAAGGAGUUCACCAAGGCCGUCGAGCAGAAGCAGAUCGCCCAACAGGAUGCCGAGCGUGCCCGCUUCAUUGUCGAGAAGGCCGAGCAGGAGCGUCAGGCCAACGUCAUCCGUGCCGAGGGUGAGGCCGAGAGCGCUGAAUUCAUCGGCAAGGCCAUCGCCAAGGCUGGUGACGGCCUUAUCCAGAUUCGUAAGAUCGAAGCCAGCCGGGACAUCGCUCAGACGCUGUCCGCCAACCCCAACGUCGUCUACCUUCCCGGGGGGAAUGGUGGGAACCAGAUGCUGCUGAACGUUGGACGG